AUGCCGCCCAAACGAGCAAAGAAAGAAGCUGCUCCAACAGCCCCGCAGUGGCCGCUGAAAGACUGUCGCAUUGUCUUCAGCGGACCCUUCAAGGGCGGCCAAGACCAGUACAAGGAAACUGUCCAUUCCCUCGGAGGAAAUACCAUUGUGACGCACGUCAUGCAGGGAGUCACCCAUGUCAUUUACUCCGACAAAAAUGCCAACAAGAUCAGUGAAAAAGUCAGAAAGGCUUAUGAAAUUGGUAUUCCCGUCGUCAGCGUCGACUGGCUGCUCAAGACCAAAGAGAAUAAUGUCCAACAACCGGAAGCUGACUACGCUCUGGACAUGUCCUCCUUGGAUGAUGCCGCUACCGACGCUGUUAUGGCUGACGAUGACGAUUCCUCUCAAAAGAACGGCGAUGACACCAGAGGCACCAAGAGAAAGAGAUCACCGUCGCUAUUGCAGGGUAGUGUCAAGACCGAAGCUGAGGAGGACACCUUGGAAAAGCCAAAGUUCAAAAGCUUGAAAGCUGUCGGCGAGGGCCAAGUCCUGAAAGACAAGACCAUAGAGAUUCCUACAGACGUCGGUGCUCCCGAUUUCUACCACGUCUAUGUCGACUCUGAUGGUGUUCUUUUGACGCAGCUGGACACAUGUUUCGCGGUCUGGACCCGCUGGGGCCGUGUCGGGGAAUUCGGCCAGAAAGCACAGCUUGACUUCCCGUCGCUCGAAGAUGCCCUGGCAGCCUUCGAAAAGAAGUUUAAAGACAAGUCGGGAUUGCUCUGGAGCAACCGAGGCGAUGAUCCCAAGCCCAAGAAGUAUGCCUUCGUCGAGGUAAACUAUAAGGAUGACUCCGAUGACGAAGACGAGGUUGAGGGCGGCACGGGCCCGAAAGAAGAGGAAAACGACCGGAAGUCUCCCAAAUGCACACUUGCCCCUCCGGUAGCCGAACUCAUGCAGUUCAUCUUCAACCAGCAGUUGAUGGACAACACCAUGUCGGCACUCAAGUACGAUGCUAAGAAGCUCCCACUGGGAAAGCUCAGCAAGGCCACCAUCAUGCGUGGCUUCCAGUCGCUCAAGAAUCUUUCGGAACUUUUCACAAACCCUUCCAAAGCUUCUGACUAUGGUCUUCCAUACCAGGAAGCGGUCGAGUAUCUUUCCAACACCUACUACUCGGUUAUCCCGCACGCAUUCGGCCGUGACCGGCCACCUGUCAUUGCGACCGAUCAACUGUUGAAGCAAGAAAUUGAGUUGCUCGAAAACUUGAACGACAUGAAGGAAGCCAGCAACAUCAUGAAGAUCGACAAAACCCAGUUCGAUGUCCAUCCCCUCGACAGGCAGUUUCAAGGUCUCGGGAUGCAGGAGAUGUCUCCUUUGGACCGCGCUUCGACCGAGUUCACCAACCUGCAAGAAUACCUGAUUGAGACACGGGGUCAUACUCACGGAGUUAACUACCAAGUUGAGGAGAUCUUCCGUAUCGAGCGCCAGGGCGAGUUCGACCGGUUUGAGCAGAGUGACUAUGCCGACGGCAAGCUUAAGCUCAAGAAAAAUCGCAAGCUCUUGUGGCACGGUUCCCGCUCCACGAACUUCGGUGGCAUCCUUAGCCAGGGCCUCCGUAUCGCGCCGCCGGAAGCCCCCGUCAAUGGUUACAUGUUUGGCAAGGGCGUCUACCUAGCCGAUAUGUCCAGCAAGUCAGCAGGCUACUGCAAUGCUUAUUCAUCCGACGGCACCGCCCUCCUCUUGCUCUGCGAGGCUGAGCUUGGUGAUCCCAUCCAGGAGUUGAACGAUUCCGAUUACAAUGCUGGCGAGCACGCCAAGGAGAAGGGAAUGCUUUCUACGUGGGGCAAGGGCAGGUAUGGCCCGUUGAAGUGGAAGGAUGCUGGUGUAGUGAACCCAGCACUACAGGGUGUGAUGAUGCCCGACACAUUGGUCAAACCCGGCGAUACCAAGUACCCGGGCGCUAGUCUGUGGUACAACGAGUACAUUGUGUAUGAUGUUACCCAGAUCCGUCUGAGGUAUCUUUUGCGUGUCAAGAUGUAG